UUUACACUCUCACCGCGAUUUUCAUUUAACUUUCAUUUUGUUAAAUACAAUGGUGAAGGAUACUUGCAAGAUUUGGUAUACAAGCUAAGCAAAGUAGGUCAAGCCAUAGAGAAGAAUGAUUUAUCUGCUGCAAGUUCAGUUCUUGGCCAAACUACUGAUGCAGAUUGGGUUCAGAAAGUUAACUCAGCAUUCAACAAGUUUAGUGGUAGCGAUGAGGAGAAGACGCAGAUUGAUUCGUUCAAUUCUUCGCUAUCCUCUCUAGUUUCAUCAGUUACUAAGAAUGACAUUGAAGGAUCAAAAACAGCAUUUGUUGCAUCAGCAAGUGCAUUUGAGAAAUGGUCAACAUUAACAGGGUUGAUUGAAGAGCUAAAAGGCCUUUGAAGCAAAAAAGAAAAUUAGCACAUUGUAUGAGAAUUUGGCUCAUGCCAACAUGUUUGUGCAACAAAAAAGUAAUAAAUUUUUUGCAUUGUUUUUCCCUCUUAUGUCAAAUGAAUCAUUUGAGUUUAUAUACAAAAUGUAAUUUGAGUUCCAGUUGUAGCUGAAUCACCGGAGGUGGAAUCAGGAUUUGAAGUUUAUGAGUUUUGAACUUAACAUCGAA